CUGUUACUACCGGACUCGUUCAUCCCACAUUAUUCCCCUAUCCGUGGAUCACGACGCUUCAUGCUGCUCGAGUAAGCCUUGCGUUCUGUGCCCGUGCACAGGCAUUAGGAACAGUUUAUGAAGAUAGAUCGUGCGGCAGAAUAUGCAGGGUUCCUGUUAAUGGUGAGUGUGCUGGGCGGCACUCUCGGCGUCCAUUCCCUGCUCUCUCUCCCACCGCCUCAAAUCCUCUCGCUUCACCCAUACAUCAACUACUUAAACCCCUCAUCGUUCCCUUCCCCUUCCCUCCUCAAAUUUAUUGACACAGUUCUCCCCAUGGUUGAUGCCAUCCUCCGCACAGGAGGUAUCACUUCCUCGAUCCAUCUCGCUCUCACGCACCCUACUCACCCACAAUUGCGAUCAUCUCUGUUCCUUCAACUCCUCUUAGGUGCUGUGGCUUCAGCAGGGGGAGGUGUACUGGCAGGAACGUUGAACGUCUUCUCAGCGCAUUGGUCCUUCACCACCCCUCCCUUUCUUCGCUCAAACACCCCAAGUGGUUCCUUCCUCGGAACCUUGGACAUAUGGAGUGGGAGUGUGUCUCCCUCAUCUAUGGACAAGGAUAGCUGGUCGGCGCCGUUACUACAAGGAAGCGCAGUCCAGUUGAUGACCCCUCUCGAGGCUCGGAGUGUGAGCGUUAUCGUGCUCACUUUGAUCUAUGCUUAUAGAGUCUACGCCGUGCACUACCGUGCGCCGUCAAGUGCAAAAAUGGAUGCGAGAAGGAUUUGGAAGAAUGUCAAGAGCCAGCAAGGGACGCCGGUGAAGGCCGAUGCUUUAAAGAGAAGACAGCAUAAUCUCCAGAAAGUGCUUCUAGGAAUGCCUUCUCCAGGAACGAUAAGAUCUUCGGAAGGAUAAAUAUAUAACGUCACGUUUCAACAGUAGUUCAUGGAUCGAGUAUCUUGUUUGCAUUGAGACUCGUUAAUUACAAACUCCAAGAGAUGUUUUCCGCUACUUCGUGCCCAAACGCUAUAAAUACUUCAGGACAAUGGGGGGGUUAUCAGAAUUUUACUGAAAUAGGCUGAGUGUUCGGUGCCCCUUGCUAUAAAUCCCCGAGGCUCUUUUAUUAUUUGAUGUCAUACUCGCGCACGCCCUUCUUCGUCCUGAAAUUCAAGAAUUCCGAUGCAAUUAAG